AUGGAUAAUUAUCAUCAUCGUCAGCACUUCACUUCUUCGACGUCGGGAUCAUCAGGCAAUACGCCUUCCACUAAAACACCGCAAGAGUUUAUGAAAGAAUAUGAGAAUAUCUUAAAAGCAAAUCCAUGCGAUUAUUAUACAUGGGAGAAAUACAUUACUCUCAUGGAAAUUGAAUUUGGUAUGAACCCAUCAAGCCUAGAUAUUUCUCAAAGGCUUUUAGAUUUAUAUUCUCAAUUUCUUGCUCAAUUUCCUCUCUUGUUUGGGUAUUGGAAAAAGUAUGCGGAAUUAACCUAUCAAGUUACAAAAGAUUUUAAUCAAACGGUUCAAGUCUAUGAAAAGGCAAUUGAUAAAAAGACUGGAAUUUCUAAUAAUCCAGAUCUAUGGUCGCACUACUGUUUGUUUGUAGCUGAACAAUCUCAAGAUGUAUCGGAAAUAAGAGCUUUAUUUGAGAGAGCACUUCAAGCCAUUGGAAAUGAUUACUAUGCUCGUAUUCUAUGGGAAAAGUACAUUGAAUUUGAAACAUCACAGGAUGAACUUGAAAAUGUUGUCAAGUUAUAUAAGAGAGCCAUUCAAGUUCCAUGUAGAGAUUUGACAUUGAUUUGGUCUCAAUUUAAAGAUUUUAUGAAAACUCACACACCAAAACAAGAGAUUCCAUCAUCCACAACAAGUAGUAGUGAUGGAAAGGAACAACAAGAAUCAUCUCAACAAAUUUUAUCUGUCGAACAAUAUGCUCACACUCAAGAAGAAAUGAAUGCUUAUAAGGCCUCUAACAAAUUGAAUGAUUUAAUCACCUAUUGGAGAGAGAAUUUAUAUCUUCCAACAAAAAAGGAAUUGGAAAGAAUAAGACCUUUUGAAGAUCACAUUAGAAGACCAUAUUUUCAUGUUCAACCAUUCCAAGAACAUGAAUUGGAGCAUUUCAGAAGAUACAUUGAGAAUGAACAAGAUGAAUUUGAAAAGAAGAAUAAGUGGUGUACAUUGGAACAUGUCAUUCAAACCCAUGAGAGAUUUAUUGUCUAUUGCUCUUACUAUACUGAGUUUUGGAAUCGGUAUAUCAAAUUCUUGGAAAAACAAAAUCUUCAUGAUCAAGUCAUACAAGUUUACCAAAGGCUCACUAAUUAUAGCGUCCUAAAGAAUAGAUAUCAAGUUCAUAUUCAAUUUGCUGAAUAUUUGGAGAUGAAUCAUUCUAAACCAGAAAUGAUUGAGAAAGUAUAUAAUGAUUUAAUCACAUUGAGAUGUGUUGGACAUUUGGAAUCAUUGACUCGUGCCAUUCAUUAUUUACACAGAUCAAAAGACAAUGUUGAGAAAAUUGAAACCAUUUAUAGAGAACAAGAAAAGAACAUUGCAGGUACAUUGGCAAGAUGUUAUUUCAAACUUCAACAUGCCAAUUUUGUUUGGAAAGUUAGAAAAGAUGUUGAAAGAGCAAGAAUUUUAUAUAAUCAAUGUAUUGAUGAAUUCAAAACCACUAAGAAGGCAUACCAAGCACUAAUAGAGUUUGAAAGUGAUGUUGUUUUGACCAGUACUGAUAAUUUUACUAAUGAUCAUCUCGUUGAAAAAUUGUUAAAUUUGGAAUAUUACAAUGUUCCAGCUGGUGCACAUGAAGAUGACAUGCAGGAUGAAGAAUCUGUUGAUAGAGUAGUGAAACACUAUCUUUCUCUAUGGGGAAUGCCAUCACCACACGUCGAUUCUGAAAAAUUAUCAUCUAAGAAGAACUCUAGUUUUGUGACCAUCUCUUUCAAAAUUGAAGUGCUGCAAUUAUUGUUACAAAGAUAUGUGUAUCAAUUCCAAACGAUUCAAACCGUACAAAAAGUCAAAGAUGCAAUUAAGAGACUCCAAGAAGAACAGUAUGAAUCUCAAAGAAAGAGAAGACUUGAGAAUGGAGUUGACAUGGGCGUUACUUCCGAAACUAAAAAGCUCAAAUCUGGGGAAGAUCAACGAUGGAAUUUAGAACAGUACAAACAAUACUAUCAGCAAUACUAUCAAUAUUAUCAACAAUUUACACAGAUAUAA